UGCUAGUGCGUUCGUGGCUGACUUGCGUCUGGGCUUCUCUCGCAUCAUCUUCAAUCACCAGACACUCGCAAAGGGCCAACAACUCUUCCACCAAUACCAGUACUUGAUCUUUAUCGACAAACACCCUACUCAUCCCUGCUACAUCCUCGACCUCGAGCGUUGCAAGACCCUGUCCUUGCACCACCGAAGACGCAGUCACGAUCGCUACGACACCCUUUCCGAAUCCAUCACGCCCCACUUGACAGGAAACAAAGAAAUAGACAGACUUCUGAGGGCGCUUCAGUUCGCAAACAGUUCGCUGUCGACGGUGGCGCCUACUCCGUUGCGAAGGCCCGUCCUUGCGCAUUUUCAUGUCCUACUCACCCCGAUCGGCUGCCAUUCCUCCUUCACCAACUUCUCCACCUCGAUCGGGUCUCAAGCGACGGCGCCUGUCUGACAAUCUACCUCAAUCACCAAUAUCUCCUUCGUACAUGUCAGUCGCUACGAAGAGUUAUGUCUCUUCCUAUGGAAAUGCCCAGCAUACCGACGAGGUCACCGGUCAUUCGUCUCCGCGCUCACCGAGGGGCGCACCUUCACGUUCACAGCAAUCCUCCUCUCGAAUGACUCCUUCUCUACCAACACCUGCGCACAGUGUAACAGGAAACUCAGGAAUGGACAUCGCAGAUGAGGCUGAUCUGCAUCGUGACAAGCGAGCCAGGUUUGAUGAUACUAGAGAUAAUGAAGAAGAUGAGAUGGAAGUGGAACCACUCACACGCGCCACGAACCACGAUCGGCAGGAUGUAAUGGAUACAGACGACGGGAACGCAGGAGGCGUGCGUACGGGGCAACAUGAAAGUGGUGGAGGUUCGGUGGAUGAGACGACUCUGGAACAAAUACAGAAAGAUAUGGGCGAAGCCUUUCUUCUCUGUCGAUCCAAGGUCGAGCCACAGAGGCCCAGUCCACAGCAGCAUUUACUUGCGCUAUAUGGUUUAGGUCCAUUAUUACGGAGUGUCGCUCGAAAUGAUCCGAAGACAGGUGAAAAGAUCAACAAGUUGCGGAAGUCGUACGAAGGUCAGAUCAAGAGUUUCGGGCUGGCUGGUCGGAAUAAACCAGUCAAGGGCGAACGAAAUGCGGAUGAGGAUCAACCCGGACAGAUACGGCGCAUAGUGGGUUCAUUGCCGUGGGGGUUGCAACCGGAUGAGCAAUGGUCGGCAGAGCAUGGGGGCUCGAAGAUUGAGGCCACUCCGGACUUCAAGGCGAAAUUGAGGGAGGCAAUGCACAUGCAACCGGGAACAGUCCGGAACAAUGCUCACUGGGAAGAUGUUCUGGGCUUUGACAAGAAGCCAACCGUGCUUCCUCCCCAACCAGUCGUCAACCAACUACCAGUCCCCCGAGUACCGAACGGAAUACCUCGUCAACUUGGACAGCCAAGCGCGGAGGCGAAACGGCAGACUCGUGGAAAGAAGAGAAGCUAUGGUGAUGACAGUUUUGUGGGAUACGGGGAAGGUUAUUCAGAUCCCGAAGGCGGUGAUGAUACGGAUGAGUAUGGUGGACAGAGGAAGCGGAAAAAGGACUUGGCUGGAACUCCGGUUACUUACGGACAAUAUCAAGGACGCUAGAAGCGUCAGAGGGCCGUCCACAACGCAUUCUCUUCAUGACCAUGUUGACGGUUGCUUCGAAGGGCGGGACAUGCACAUCUUUUGCUAUAUUUUUGCCGAGAACCAGAUAUUUUAAAGAUACCCAAGAAGGGCGGAUAAAGCGAGAAAACAGGAAGGCGACAACAUCAGGUGGCCAUUGGGAAGCUUCUCGAAACAUUGACAUUGGCGUUGACUGAUGGGAAUGACAAAGCUCAAGGUCAAAAUCAAGGCGUGCUCACUGUGGUACAGUGUAAUUGAUUGGGAGACAUGUUAACGAUUUGCGCGAGCGUACUCGGUUACUUCGGUAUGCCACUUUCACUUUCACCGGCUGUGACGCAAGUGACGGCGUAGACUACCUAAAUGGUAUGCUUGCCAUACGCCCUUCGGCAUAUGUCUGAGAGGCGCGUCUGUAUGAAUUAAUGAGAGCAACUUAUAUGAACAAAACGUAUAU